CUGUAAAUGGUGUUGCUCAAGCAUAUAUAAGAGAGAGGGACCGAGGCUUGUGGCAUUCACUCGAGUCCGCCUUGGUUUUCACUCGCCUCAACGCAGCGCAAAGAAUAAGAAAAAAUGGCCUUCAGCAGUGUUCUCAGUGAUGCUGACAUCCAGGCAGCUCUGGCUGGCUGCGCAGCUGCCGACUCUUUCAACUACAAGACCUUCUUCAAGGCAUGCGGCCUGAGCGCCAAGUCUGAGGCUGAUGUCAAGAAGGCCUUCCUCAUCAUUGACCAGGACAACAGUGGCUUCAUUGAGGAGGAGGAGCUGAAACUGUUCCUGCAGAACUUCUCUGCUGGCGCCAGAGCACUCACCGACGGCGAGACCAAGACUUUCCUUGCCGCUGGUGACAGUGAUGGUGAUGGCAAGAUCGGAGUUGAUGAGUUUGCUGCCCUUGUAAAGCAAUAAAUUUCCAUUGACCAAGAUCUACUUCUUUUCAUGGAACUUCAAGCUCCUUGCAAGAUUCAGUAAUCAUCAGCUGAAAGAAUAUUUUUUUAUACCUUAUUUAUGAGUUGCCUGCGAUUAUUUUUCUCAACAUGGAACACAUACUUUACUGUGAAUGCUAUUCAGGUGUGUUAAAUGUUCUGAAAAAAAUGACUUGUGCAAACUGUACAACACCAUCUGCACUUUUGAGGAAGAGUGAAAAACCAGGAAUAAAUACUCUUUUGGUGUAAAGUGA